AGCGUACUGGAUUCUUUCAUCUCUGCGUCAGCGCGAACACGAGGAACUGCAACACGUGUCUCUGACGGCCCCCAGUCCAGGUCUUCUAACAGUACCCAUCAAAACAAUCUCUGGUACUCUUGCCAACCCAGCAGUACCUUCUCUCCUGCUCCUGGCUGACUAUGACAUCAUACCAUCACAGAGUUACAACAUUAAUGUCAGAAAACCGUCACAAGAUUCUGAUUGCUGUUUGUACGAACUUUCUCCAACACUUUCUAAGCGGGGUGGGCAACCAGGUACGUCAGGAGCAGUUAUGGGCAGUGGUGAUGAUCCUGAUUCUGACAUGGAAGCUCCAGCAAUUAUCCCACAUCUUCAACAGCCUGCACGCAGAGUGUCUGCCCCGAGUAUUCUGGACACUGUUCGUGAGGAUCCAGAUACGACCACAGCUGUGGUCUAUGUCAACAGCAGCAAUACACCGCCAUCCAUACCCAAGCGCAAGUCGCCUAUCCUUCCGUUUUCUCCUCAAUGUCUUGGUGCUGGUCUCAAGAUCAGCUCAUCAUUACGACGUUCACACAGUCUGGAGAAAUUUAAUUCUGAUUAUGAUUGUAAGGUUCAUAGAGAUAUAAUACUGAAUAAUAAGAUACCAACAAGAUCUUUGCGUAAAAAACUUUUCCUUCCCCCAAUAGUGAGAGAAACUCAAUUCAAUACUCCCUCCUCAUGUGAGCGAGUUCAGAGAAGGAAAGGAUCAGUGUCAAUGCUAAAGGUGAUGGCAAUUCCUGAGGACAGUGGCAUUCUUGAAUGUCCAGAAGUUCCAGACUCUGGGAGGGGAAGUGUGGACAGUGGAGAGGUUGUUAAAACACGUGCCAACAGGCAGAUAAGCAUUGAUGAAGGUAUAGGAGCAGACUGCGUUUUAGAGGAAGAGGGUGUCUCUGACUAAUAAACCAUGUUCAUGUUCCAAGUCUAUUGUGAUAACAGAAAUUGGUAGUAAAAAUCUUUAGACUGAGAGUAUGAGAUUGACAGAUUACUCUUACAGUCCAGUCAGAGUGUGAAUAAUGUAAGUUUGUCUUACCUUCUCCACUCCUCUGAUACAGCCACUCAGUACCUGCACCAUGAUCCUGCUAGUUCUUCCAAAGCCUUUCAUGGCCUCAUCACUCAUCACCAACACCCCCAUAUCAUACUCUUUUUCUCAGUUACCAACUCCUCCAUACAUCAUCAUCAUCAACACUCAUGAGCUUGAAAAUAUCAGGGUACUCAUCCUUUCUCUGUAUUCUUGUACUCAAGCCAAUAUUAUCAUACCUAUGUUAAUGUUCCCCUUCAUGGCACAAUUAUUCCAUACUUUAACAAGUAAAUCCCCAGACAUCAGUAUUUUAGCUUCUCUCUUUAGUAUUUAAUGGUACAUUAAGGUGAGGGAAUCGAGACCUUUCACAUGUUGAUUUUACCAUUCUUUCAGCCUUACGUUACUGCAUCUUUUUGAACAUGUGAAGGUACACUACCUCGUCAAAAACAUGUUCCUGCAAUAUCAUCAAUAUAAAAACAUAUUCCUUAAGAUAAGACUCCCAUUAAAUGACCAGUUAAUCAUUACAUUUCUUGUAGUGGCACAAGAUUCCUUUUUACAUUUAAAACUUUCAGUAUAUAGGUUCCAUGGAGUACAGGUUCAUCAAAGCAUAAACCAAUCACCCAAAACAUUAUGUGCAAAUACUGUACAUACAAAUUUAGAAAUGUUUAGGUACAAGCAGUCCUCAGUUUACAAACUUAGUGUGAUUGUAAACUGUAUCAAUAAAUCCCACUGAAACUAUGAUAUGAACAAUUCAUUUAUCCCAAAGUACAAGUAAAAAAACCCAAUUUUUUUAAAAUAAAAACACAUAAAUACAAACAUCGCGCAUAGCAUGUUGUAAUUCAGAAAAUACUAAAUCUUAUAAAAAAAAUCUUUAUGAUAUAUGUACAAUUAUUAUCAAGUGCGCUCAUGAGUGCCCUGGCCGUCACUAUAGGCUCAGCGGUGUCAAUAUUGUUGAUAUUACAGCACUUGUAAAAUGAAAUACUGUAGUACCCAAAUUAAAUAAUUAUGAAUGAAUUAAAUUCUGUACAGUAAGUAAAGUACAGUACUGUACAUUACUUUAGGUCCAAUGGAUGCAUUCAUGUGUACGAAUUUCUAGGAGCAGAACAAAUGUUCAAAAGACCAAAAAAUGGUCACAAAAUAUAAUGUUCAUAUGAGUGUAUGUUCAUAUACCAGAUGUUUGGAAACCAAGGAUUGUCUGUACAUUAUUUUUUUUGUACAAGUUCAUUGUGUAUAGAUUCCCAUGAACGUAUGCUGCUCGUCAAACAUAAAUGUGUUUCGAGAUACAUGAUGUAACAUAGCAUAAUGUCUGGAGAACCAAAAUAGUUUCUGUAGCAAUGUUCAUCCUUUUUAAUUUCCUGUAGGUUGUAACAUUAUACUUAGCUUUUUGUAUGCUGAUGAAGCUUUUGAUAAUCAAAAGUGCAUUUAUAAUGAUGAUGACAAUAUUCAGUAAUUUCUGCAUCCCAAAAUGUGAUAUGAUGAUCAUCCUUAGAUGUGAAAUGCUUUAAUGAUAACUGGUGAAACACUGGUGUAUAUUGCAUGUGGAGUGUAUGUCAAAAUGUGUAUAAUAAAUAAAAUAUUUUGUGUCCA